AUGACUGUAAGGGGAAUUCGGAAGCUAGCUAUUGAAUCUCAAGAACCAGAUCAUGACGACGAACGUGUGGGUGGAACAGAUUUAGUAUCUACCGCUAUUGUUGCAGCAGCUGAACAUGACAUACGUACUGACAAGCGAUUACCUGACUUAACAUUAGAUAUGAUUCACGGUUCAACUCCGAGUGAUCCGGUUAAUGGCCAAGCAGGCGGUGAUAUUCACCGCUCUGAGGCCCAGAAACCAUCCAAGCCCAGUUGGAGUUCACUCUGGGUACGCCUUGUGGAAAACGUGCAAUAUCGUCAGAGCAACAUUCAGUUACGAGGUUUCCAGGUGCUUCGAUGCCGGGAUGUACACUCAGCGCUCGCCUCGUUCGACCCCCGAGACACGCCCAGUGUGCGCAAAGCUAGGACACCGGGCCACAGUUGUCCCCGACCUAUGAACCUUUAA